AUGGCAAACAAAGAAUCAAUCGAAGCACUAGACGACCUCCUAAGAGAUAUAACAGACAAUGACACUUUUGGCCAAUGCUCACAAAAAUCAAGUUUAGUAAGAUCCCACAUUUGGCCAAUGCUCACAAAAAUCAAGUUAAAGCAAAAUAUGCGCGCUUGGACUGAUGUUGCAUUCAGCACAUACAUUCUCCGGAUUGGCAAUGGCUUAGAACCAAAAGACCACGCUGGACAAAUCAAAUUGCCCUCCUUCCUAGCUCUGCAACCAACAAAAGCAGCGCCAGCAUUGGAUCAUCUUAUUGAAUUUGUCAUCCCAACCAUUUCAACAACUGAGUUUGAACAGAUUUCAUUAUCCAAUUCUGCAAUCUUGACACCCAAAAAUGAUGCAGUCGAUGAGAUUAAUGAACUAAUUACGGCCAAAUUCCCUGGACAAGAUCAGCUCUACUUAAGUUUUGAUCAAACAACCAAUAAAGCUCAAGAAGGACUGUACAUUGACUUCAUCAACUCUCUCGUUCCAUCAGGGAUGCCAACACAUAAGCUACUCUUAAAGAAAAAUAUUCUAGUUCUGUUGCUGAGGAAUAUUAACCCAUCCAAAGGACUGUGCAACGGCACAAGGCUAAUAUGCAAGGAAUUUGCCAAACACAUCAUCACUGCUGAAAUAACUAGUGGUGAAAAGAAGGGAACCACAGUUUUCAUACCAAGAAUCCCGCUACAACCAAGUGAUCCCCAAUAG